UCAUUGAUGUCAAAUUGAUGUAUUUACAUUAGCAAUGUUUAUUUAAUAACUAAUUUGUUAAUUUUGAUAUUAUUUGGGCGGUGAAUUGAAGAGUAAUCGCCAAAAAUGUCGCACAACAUGAGUCAGAACGAGCGGAAGAUCGCAGAAAAGUUAAUUAUCCUCAAUGAUAGGGGAAUUGGGAUGCUGACGAGGAUAUACAACAUCAAGAAAGCCUGUGGAGAUGCCAAGUCUAAACCUGCGUUCUUGUCGGACAAAAAUCUCGAAUCCUCCAUUAAAAAUAUAGUUCGAAGAUUCCCACAAACUGAUGCAAAAAGCUUGACCUCCAUUCAUAACUUGAAAAAUGAAAUUAUCAAGUCACUAUCUCUGUACUAUUACACUUUUGUGGAUCUUCUUGACUUCAAAGAUCAUGUGUGCGAGUUGCUUACAAGCAUGGAUGUGUUCCAAGUGGACUUGGACAUUGGUACUAACUUUGAACUCACCAAAAACUAUUUGGAUUUAGUCACCACUUAUGUGUGUCUUAUGGUUCUUUUAUCCAGAGUGGAGGAUCGAAAAGCAGUUUUGGGUUUGUUUAAUGCUGCCUAUGAAAUUGUUCAUGGAUCAGCAGAUGCCAGUUUUCCACGCCUGGGAAUUAUGAUAAUGGAGUAUGAUGUACCCUUUAAGAAACUGUGUGAAGAAUUUGUACCACAUGGUAAACUGUUGACUUCAGCUUUGCAAUCAUUGAUGCAAGUGUUUUUACCCAGAAAUGUAACAGCUGAUCAGUGGCGUUCAGACUUGAAACUAAGCUUGGUGGGAAACCCAGGUCAAUUAUUAAAACCUGUUACUGUAGACAGAAUGUCCUGUGAAUUUUUGUCAUUAGACACAAUGGAGAGAUGGAUUAUAUUUGGAAUUUUACUAGUUCAUCCAUGUUUACAAAAUGAAGGUUUCAAUAAAUUGUUUACAAAUGCACUGGAAUCAUCGUGGGUCAUUCCAUUGUUCAGGGAUGAAGUUGUUCACAUCCAUCACUAUAUUACAUCAUUUUUUGACACAAUCAAAGGAUACAGUAAGAGAAUCACUGAAGUGAAGGAGUGUUUUACACAUGCAGUACAAAAAGCAGGUUAUUGUCAUAGAGAAAGAAGAAAAUUCUUGAGGACAGCUCUAAAAGAAUUGGGUUUAAUUUUUAUGGAUCAGCCUGGGUUGUUGGGACCUAAGGCAUUAAUGGUAUUCAUUGGACUGUGUUAUGCCAGGGAUGAAGUAUUGUGGUUAUUAAGACAUAAUGAUAAUCCUCCUCAACACAAAACUAAAGGAAAAUCAACUGAAGAUCUUGUAGAUAGACAUCUGCCAGAGCUACUCUUCCACAUGGAAGAUUUGAGAGUGUUGGUAAGAAAGUACAGCCAAGUCAUGCAGAGGUAUUAUGUGCAAUAUUUGUCUCAACAUGAUGCAAUUUUGCUAAAAGAAAGCAUGCAAAAAUUACAAAAUUACCCAGAAGAUGAAGGUAUAAUUUUAUCAUCUUUGUGUAGUACUAUAGCCAACUUGUCAGUUAAACAAGUUGAGGAUAAUGAAACAUUCAAUUUCUUUGCAUUCCGUUUAGACUGGUUCAGAUUGCAAGCCUUUAUGUCCACUGCCAAAUCUCCUGUGAGACUAAUUGAUAACAGGAAUCUUGCCCAGUUUUUAGAUAAAGUACAAUUCCACACCAAAAUGGUUGACAAUUUAGAUGAAAUGUUGAAAGAUACAUCAGAUUUAUCCAUAUUCUGCUUCUACAAUAGAAUAUUUGAAGAUCAAUUCCACAUGUGCUUAGAAUUUCCUGCGCAAAAUCGGUACAUUGUUGCCUUCCCAUCUAUAUGUAGCCAUUUCCAACAGUGCACUCAUGAGCUGUGCCCAGAGGAGAGACAUCACAUUAGAGAAAGAAGUUUAUCAGUGGUGAACAUGUUCUUGGAUGAAAUGGCCAAAGAGGCCAAGAACAUCAUAACAGCAAUCUGUGACGCCCAAUGCAAAAUGAGUGACAGGCUUUUACCUAAAAAUUGUGCAGUUCUCAUAUCACAACAGAUGAACAGGAAAAAGAAAGAAAAGAGUAAGAAGAAUGUAAUUGAGUUUGAGAAGCCAGGAUCAGAGAGUUACCGAAAGACCAGGGAAAAUUUGACCACAAUGGACAAACUUCACAUGGCUCUUACUGAAUUAUGUUAUGCAAUAAACUACUUUUCCAAUAUUAAUGUCUGGGAAUAUACUUUUGCUCCAAGGGAAUAUCUGCAUCAACACCUGGAAACAAGAUUCGCAAAAGCCUUGGUAGGAAUGGUGAUGUACAAUCAAGAUACUAAUGAAAUUGCCAAACCAUCUGAACUGUUGGUUUGUGUAAGGUCUUACAUGAACGUUCUUCAGACUGUCGAAAACUAUGUUCACAUUGAUAUUACUAGAGUGUUUAAUAACUGUUUGUUACAGCAAACUCAGCCAAUGGAUACUCAUGGCGAAAAAACGAUUGCCUCGAUUUACACGCAGUGGUACUCUGAAGUUUUGCUUAGAAGAGUCAGUGCUGGUAACAUCGUGUUUUCUAUGAAUCAAAGAUCUUUUGUCAGUCUUACAGGGGAGGGAUCAAUUCCUUUCAAUCCUGAAGAGUACUCUGACAUAAACGAGCUGCGGGCUUUGGCUGAGUUGAUUGGCCCAUACGGUAUGAAGCAAUUAAGUGAGACUUUAAUGUGGCACAUAGCCAGCCAAGUAAUUGAACUAAAAAAGCUGGCUGAAGUUAACAAAGAGACAUUACUGAGGCUCAGAACAAACUUCGACAAGCCGGAAAUCAUGAAAGAAGAAUUCAAAAAACUUUCAAACGUAGAGAAUGUGUUACAAAGGAUGACUAUUGUUGGCGUUAUUCUAAGCUUCAGACAGUUGGCGCAGUCAAGUUUAACUGACGUGUUGGAACAAAGGAUUCCUUUCUUGGUAAGUUCAAUUUUGGACUUCAGACACCACUUGCCAAGUGGGGAUCCAAUGAAAAUUGUCAGUGAGAUGACGUCAGCUGCUGGAUUACCUUGCAAAGUGGAUCCAUCGUUGUUGGCUGCCUUGAAACAUCAAAAGCCUGAACCCGAUGCGGAUGAACACUUACUCGUUUGUUUGCUUAUGGUUUUUGUGGCUGUAUCAAUUCCAAAACUGGCAAAAUCCGAAAAUUCCUUCUACAGAGCUUCGCUGGAAGGUCAUACGAACAAUAUUCACUGCAUGGCUUUGGCUGUUAACAAUAUUUUUGGGGCUUUGUUCACUUUGUGUGGUCAAAGUGAUAUUGAGGACAGAAUGAAAGAGUUCCUGGCCUUGGCUUCCUCAAGUUUGCUUCGUUUAGGACAAGAGGCUGAUAAAGAAGCAAUAAGAAACAGGGACAGUGUGUACCUCUUGUUGGAUCAAAUUGUACAAGACUCACCAUUCCUCACUAUGGAUUUGUUAGAAUCAUGUUUCCCAUAUGCUCUUAUUCGUAAUGCUUAUCAUGAUGUAUAUAAACAAGAGCAGAAUUUGUAAAUUUGUGCCAAUUAUUAUUUAUGCACUGAAACUUUUAGUUUAUAUUAUUUAAUUGCAAUUUUUAUUAUUUAAUAUUAAUUAACUGAUAUUUAUUUAGUCAUAUGUAUACUAGUAUAAGCCUAUUAAUUGUUACAAAUUUUAAGAAAAGAUAGACUAAGCAAAUAGAUACUGUACGCCUCUUUGAUAAUUCAUUUUAUCAAUAAAAUUUUAUAUCUUGUAUAUGUAA